UGUAGCACAGCAAUUAUUCAUCUAUUACACGCUCACCUGAGCUUCCUUGCCGUCUCAACAAGUCAUCUGCAGUGGCUACCAGAAGAUCAGAAAUAUUUUAAAGCAUACACUGAACGAGGAAAAGAUACCAGGUUAAAUCGCUCGGCCAUGUGUCCGCAGGAAAACGAUCUCAAAAGCAGCUCUUCAUCAACCUCUAUUUCUGAAGAGAAAGACGAACUUAUCGCAGACAUUGACACAUCGCCUUCAACUCCCUUAAACUAUUCAUCAACAAAUAUAUGCAACAAACCAACCAUCUGGUACUUACUUCGUGGUGCUGCAAUUAAUUUGCUCCUACCUUUUGUAAAUGGCCUCAUGUUGGGCUUUGGGGAGUUAUUUGCUCACGAAGCGGCUUUUAGACUUGGAUGGGGAGGCACCAAGGUUUUUCCAGCAGGACGAAGACGACGCUUUGUGGGGCUAGAAAAUCUGCAAGACCACCAAUCAGUAAAGGGGAAAGGUAGACUGUUGCGUGAAACAGCUAGUCUGGAAUAA